AUGGCGCGUAACCGGGGCAGUCCCCGCAGCUCCGGUCAGCUUGCGCCACUUGGGGAAGGGGAGCAGCAGCAGCAGCAACAGCAGUGGACAGACGCAACCUGGCAGCAACAGGCUAACCGCUUAGCGUCCACGUCAGCGUCCGACAGGGCAGGGGAAGACAGUGGCAGCUGCGGCAGUGGUAGCGAGAGCGGCGGGGAGGCGCGAAGCAGAGAGGCUUCAGGCAGGCCGCGUGGCCUCACGUCGUUUGAAGAGAAAGGAAAGAGAGUUAAAGGUUCUGCCGAUGAUGGGGAUGAGGACGAGGGUGAAGAUGCGCGGAGCAGCGGAGGUGCGAGGGCAGGUGGGGAAGCAGCCGGGGGAGGAGGCGGAGGCGGAGGCGGAGGCGGUGCAAGAGGCGGAGUCGGGGAGGCUCUGGACGAGCUAAGCAUGCAGCUGAUAGCCACACGCAAUCUUCUCACCAGCGCGGAGGAGGAGCGCGCGCAGCUGGCGGUGGCGGCGUCCGAAACCGCCAAGGAGCGCGACCUGCUGCGGCAACAGUGCGACGAGCUGCGCGCCGCGCUCGACCAAUUAGGCACCUCCACGUCAUCGUCAGACUCCAGCAACCCGCCCGGCGGAGGACCGGGUGGCGUGGCGGCGGCAGCAGCGGCGACGGCGGCUUCCGCGGGCGGGGGAGUGGGCGGCGGAAGAACGGCGGGACAAAGCGUGGAAACCCUGGCUGUCGCGGCGCUGUAUAACGAGCGGGAGCGGCUUAUAGAGCGGAUACAGGACCUUGAGAUGCGGUGGGGGCAGUGUCAGGAGGAGCUAGGGCAGUGUUUGGAAGAGAAAGAGCAGCUGCAGAUAGAGGUGGGCGCGGCAGUUGCGCGCGCCAUGGAGGAGCGACAGGAGUGGGUGGAGAGAGUAACUACCGUGGCGCGCGUGGGGAAGGAGGAGAUGCAGCGGCGCGUGGCGAAGCUCCUGGCGCAGCGGGACGAGGCGGAGCGGAGCGCCAGGGCCGCGGAGGGGAAGGUGGCGGGGCUGCUGAACCAGCUCGCGGCGGUGGCGGGCGGAGGGGGAGGCGGAGCGGGGGGAGGGGGAGCGGGAGGGCUGGGGAUGGGCGUGGGAGAUGGGUAUGGGGGCGCGGGCGGGCAGGACGUCAUCACCACCUCCGCUCCUCCCUCCCUUCCCGGCCCCAUGGAACCGGGGACUACAUGCGGUGGGACUGCUCUUGACCUUCCUAAGAAAGGACCCUCCUCCCCACACUCCCGUCCUCUCCCCUCCUCCAUGCUCUUGGGCCGUUCCCCCGCCAGGAGCCCCUAUGGCCGCCGGGAGCACCGGCGGAGCCCCUACGGGCGCUUUGACUACACGCGGAGCCCCUACGGCCGCAGGGACUACACGAGGUGGGACCGUUCCCGGCCGCGAUCAGACCGCUACGUGGAGCGAGACAGGCUCUCCGACUCCGUCGUCAUCUCCUCCUCCUCCCCCGGGGGCACCGGCGCCGCCAGCACCUCUUCGCACUACCCCUACUACGACCGCAGGGAUUACACGCGGAGCCCCUACGGCCGCAGGGACUACACGCGGUGGGACCGUUCCCGGCCGCGAUCAGACGGGUACGUGGAGCGAGACAGGCUCUCCGACUCCGUCGUCAUCUCCUCCUCCUCGGGGGGUGGGGGAGCCACGGGCGCAGCCAGCACCUCGUCCCACUACCCCUACUACGACCGCUCGCGCUUCCGCGAGGGCCGCGCACGCAGCCACCACGGCCGCCGGCAAAUGUCAGACGGGGCUUCUGUUUCUUCUCUCGAUGACUCGUCGUCCACAGGGAAAGGCGCGCUCUCUGCCCCCCCGCCGUCGACGUCGGCUGCUGCUGCCGCUGCUGCGGCUGCCGAUGGUGCUGGCGCUGCUGCUGCUUCCUCCCCUGCUACGCCGUCUUUUGCUAGCUCGAUUUUCUCCUCACUGUUCGGCUGGGGGGGGUCGAGCCUGUCCCCGCCGUCGACCCAGCAGCAGAAGCAGCAGCAGCAGGGGGGGUUGGGAGCAGCGAUGGGCGGGGCGGGCGCGGGUGGGGGAGGAGCGGGAGGCGGGCAUAAAGUGGUGGGGGUUGCAGGGAGUGCACCUGGGAGUGUGUAUGAUGACAGAUCGUCUACUACUUAUGGGAGUAGCAUGCGGCGAUACAGCAGCGGUGCUUCUGCUAGUGGGUCGGUGAGAGGACGCGGCGGGUACGGGUAUGGUGGCGGCAGCGGCGGGGGGAUGGAUGGAGCAGGGUAUAACGACCAGGGGUAUGGGCUGAGAGGAGUGGGAGUGGGAGGGGGAGGAGGAGGAGUGGGAGGGGAUGGAGGGGGUCCGUAUUGCCGAGUGAUGGUGCCAGCAGCAGCGGCGGCGGCAGCAGCGGGACUCCCUGGGUGGUCAGCGGGAGGGAGGGAUGGGGAGAUCAGACCUGUUCCAGAGGGAAACGUGGAGGGCCAGGAUUGGCUGUCGGAUCAAUCGGGCGGCACGACUAUGGAUGAGGUUGAUGAGGUGCUGAGACAGAUGGGAAUAUCGCCAGAUGAUACUGUGUGGAACGGGGGGGAGGGGGAUGCGGGCAGGGGGAGGGAGAGAGGAGGGGAGGGGGGGUUGUCGCGGUAUGGAGACAGAGUGAGGGACAAGGCGAGGGAACGGGCGAGAGGAGGGGGUGCGAGGGAGGGGAGGGAGAGCGAGGGGGAUUGGGGGAGGUUGAGUGUUGGAGGGGGCGGUGUAACAGGAGGAGGAAGCAUUGCGUCCGGAAUGGGAGGAGGGGCAGGAGCAGGGGGGCUGGGUGUGGGGAGCGAAGGAAGAGGCGGUGAGGAUGGGUACAGUGAGGUGGACGGGGGUGUUGGUGGUGCGGCCUCGAGUGCACUAACCGUGGCAGCGAGUGCUGGGUCUAGGACAGCGUUGAGACGGCUAGCAGCAAAGAGGGGGCAGUUGCCACCCAAGAACAGUCUGUCGCCUGUAUCGCCCAAUCAGGUGUUUCAGCAUGCGCGGGACACAGUCAUCCUGUACCAAUGA